AUGGCAUCAAACAAGGACUUUAAGGUCAUCAUCGCUGGGGGAGGAAUCGCCGGUCUAACCCUGGCGAACAUGCUAGAGAAGUUUGACAUUCAAUAUGUUCUGCUUGAGGCGUAUUCCGCAAUUGCGCCUCCUGUCGGGGCCAGUAUCGGUCUGUUUCCCAACGGCUUGCGAAUCAUGGAUCAAAUUGGCUGCUAUGAGGCCAUCGCUCGACUCUCUCAUGAACACCUCAACAAGGGAUAUAUCCGGGAUCGUAACGGGAAGAUUAUGUCUAAGAUGUCUUAUUUGUUCAAACAUCUAGAGCGUCGACAUGGUUACGGUCUCCAUUUCUUUGAUCGGCAGCAACUCUUGCAAAUCCUGUACGACCAUAUCCAGCAUAAAGACAGGAUACUGCUGAACAAAAAGGUCACCGAUAUAGACCUUACCAAGGGCGGUGUGAAUGUUACCGCGGCCGAUGGAUCGACAUAUAGUGGCAGCUUUAUUGUAGGCGCAGACGGCAUUCAUAGCAAGGUUCGGUCUAUCAUGAAAGCCCUCGGAAAUGAGCUCCAGCCCGGUUAUUUUCCCCCGGACGAGGAGGACCGAGUCCCAUGCUACUACCGCUGUAGCUUUGGUAUUGCUCAACACGUCCCUGGAUGGGUCGCAGGUGAGCAAAACAUCGUGUUGGGAAGAGGUCAGUCGCAGCUGGUUGUCUCGGGGCCGGAAGACCGUGUCUAUUGGUUCUUCUUCGACAGGCUACCUGAGGUAAAGUACGGCAAAGACAUACCAAAGUAUACGAAGCAGGACGAAGCCGAGUUUGUCAAGCAGAAUGGCUCCCGUCCCAUCACCGACAAAGUUACAUUCGGCGACGUCUUUGCCAAUCGACUCUCGUCGACGCUGACACCGCUACACGAGGUUGUGUUCAAGAAAUGGUUCUUCAAGCGGAUGAUUGUAUUGGGAGACUCGGCCCACAAGCCAAAUCCACUUAAUGGCCAGGGAGGCAAUGGGGCAAUCGAAUCAUGCGCGGAGCUCGUCAAUGCAAUAUUGCGAAAGAAGAAGAGCCGUGGUGGAACCUUGGAUAAUCUCAACGACGAAGACAUAGUCGAUAUCUUCACUGAGACACAAUCCUCAAGGCACGACCGAGCUGAAUCGAUCGUGCGCGAGGCUCAUAAGAGGCAGGCUCUCGAUGCCUUCGAAGAUCCUAUAACAUCCACUAUCGUGCAGAGAUUGAUUCAUCCCUUGCUAGGAAAUGAGUUUGCCUUCAACCUCAUGGGACGGGGGAUGGUGGGCGCAUCCAGACUGGAAGAUCUUCCUGUGCCCGAUAGAGUGCGAGCCGUACCUUUCAACGAUGAGCUGCCUGCCAAACCCCUCCCCGAUGCAUUGUCAAGCACUGUGCGGUGGGCUUUCAUAGGAAGCAUGGGACUCGUCCUGUUUAUCACAGAAAAGGCAUUCCGCCUGCCCUUGUCCAGAGUUGGAGGCUGGGGAGAAUCCGGAUCCAUCGUCAUCUCAUGGCUAGGCAAGACACCGGCGUCGGGGUUUUUGAACAUGCUUGUGUCAGUGUUUUCCUUUCCUAUCCUGGAUGAAGAUCCUUCGGCGAGGCUGCACCUCCUGAAUUUCCUCCCCCAACUCAUAUCGCCGCUUCUGAUCUACACAAUCGAAGGAUACCGACUGGGAAACCAGGGGUCGCUUCUCGCUCUACCGAGUCUGUUCACUGCUGGUAUGCAAGUACAGGGCAUCGGACGCAUGGCUCCCCUGCACGCCAUAUUCAGCGCAAUCUUCGGAACCGAGAGCAUCCCCGGCCGUGCUGUCCCCAAGGAAGUAGCCAUGUCACUCGUCCCCGCUGUCACAUUGGGCUUCGUACUGCCGACGAUCAUGUUCUUCUCGCCAACGGCCAACCUCCCUGCCUGGCAGAAUUGGAUCGCACUAUGGCAAUUUGCACCGCCGCUGGUCAACGUGUUAACGGCGGUGUUCUCCGCCGUGCUGCGAAGAUGGCGGCACAGACAUAGCUCUCCAGAAGAGCACGAGGCUGAGUUCAAGCGCUACGAGAAGCGCGACGUACCUAGUCUACAGAGGGCAUAUAUGUAUGCGUUCGCCGUCCAGUCUACGGUUCACAUUGCGACAAUGGCGUACGCGUGGACCCAUCCCGGCAUCUCCAUUGUGAAAGCCUUCUUCGAGCUACCAAACCCCUUCCAGGCUGACUGGAAUAUGGCAAACGUUUCGCAGCAGGUGGCUACGUUCUUCCAGUACGAUGCUGUCACAGCCUUGGCUGGCUAUUUGGGCGGCAAUCUGUAUUCUGUCUGGGAUCUCCGUCGGCUUGGAUACAUCAACACCCGCAGUGCGGUGAACGCUGCCCUUGGGGUCGUGGCAGGCCAGUUCCUCGUGGGCCCGGGAGCCACAUGGGCUGUAUUGUGGUCCUGGCGUGAGCUGCUCAUCGGAGAGCUGAAAAAUGCGCUCCUGAACCACCUCAUCCCGAUCGUGCAACGUGUCAACAACGCGACGAAGAACCAAGAGAGCCCCCCCAAAACGCCUCCUGCAAGCCCCCCACCUACCUACGCGUCGAUAGUCCAAGGCACCAGCCCUACAGAGAAGCCAAUACCAUUGAAGGAACGUCGUGAGAUCCGAAUCCAGGCCGGCGACCUGACCGCUGAAAGUUCGGCAUGGACCCCGACCGACAUCACAAAGGCGGUCAACGACCGCCUGGCUGGGAUGGGCCUGGGCAAGAUCCUCAACACAAGACGGUUACCAAGUGGCGACCUCAUAUUGACAGCGGACUCCACGGAUACUAAGACCAAGGCAGAGGAGCAAGUCGAUGGCUGGAUCCAGGUCAUCGGUGGCUCCGCCAGACUCCGACCCAAAAAGUACACCGUCUGGGUUCAUGGGGUUAAGGUAUCUGCUUUUGACAACCAGAAACAAGCGCUAGGCAUCCAGAAGAUCUAUGACCAGAACCCAGCUAUCGCGGAUCAGGUCCGGAUCCUGGGAUACCAUUGGAGGAAGAGGAUCAUAUGUCUUAAACAAAAAGUUAGCUCCAUCUUAGUGGAUAUUGGCUCACUAGAGGGAGCUAACCUGCUUAUAAGAGAAGGGAUUGUGAUCGAUGGAGAGAUCAAGGAAGUGGAGCUGUUUGAUCCACAAUGCCUCGUUACCAGGUGCUUCAACUGUCAGGGGUAUGGCCAUGCAGCACGCAGCUGCAGAGCCAACAAGAAGUGCGGAUUCUGCGCGGCUGGCGGACAUUCACAUGAGAACUGCCCCCUUAAGGGUCAGAAGACCAAGCAACGAUGUGCCAACUGCGCGGGCAGGCAUAUGGCGGGUAGCCAGGACUGCAGAGCUCAUUAG